UUAUCCGCUUUGUCAACUCCAAUUCAGAAUUUCUUUAUCCGGAUUUACAUUUGCUGGAUUGGGUGUCUGUGGGUCCUCUUUUCGAGUGAAGUACAAUUUGGGUUCUUUAGUUCUAGGGUUUUCAGUCUUGAUUGAGGGGAGAACUCUGUUUGCUGAGAAUGAUGGCUUCUCCUGCUGCUGCUGCACCUCUUCCAUCACAAAAGGAGCUUGAGGAAAUGCUCAUUGAGUCUGGAAUUGAGCUCUCUACACCUCCUUCAUCCACUGGCGAGCUUCUCAGCCUCCUUGAACUGAAUCAGAACUGAAGAGCAUAGGGCAAGACCCUUCAGUGUCGAUGAGAAAUGUACUUGAGCCAAUUAAAAAAGCGCUGAUUGAAACAAAACUUCUGAGACAUUCUGAUAAAAUCAUUGAGGUUUCUGUUGCAUCUUGUAUCUGUGAAAUUAUGAGAAUAUCUGCACCCGUUCUACCCUAUGAUAAUACAGAAAUGGAGGUCGUUUUCCAUCAGAUUAUAGCAUCCCUUGAAAAGUUAUAUUUCAUUGAUAGUAACUACUAUAGUAAGGCUCUGAGAGUUCUUGAAGCGGUUGCGAAGUACAGGUUGUGUGUGAUGCUAUUGGAUUUUGACUAUGUGUUAGCUGUUAACGUUUUCCAACUGUUUCUCAAAAUCAUCAGCUUCAACCAUACCAAUGCUGUGUUAAGAUACAUGGUAGACAUCAUGUCUCAGCUCAUAGAAGAAAGAGAUGAAGUCUCACUAGAUUUUCAAGUUUCCAUUCUUGAUAGCCUCAGAAAGGAAACUCUGGCUACUGCACCUUGUUCAUCGAUAUUGGGAAGCGAAGUCUUGGAAAAGUGUGCUGCCAAAUUGAAGCCUUGUCUUUUAGAAUUAAUGACAAAUAUGAACAUGAAUUUGGAUGAUUAUUCUAAAAUACUUGGCUCAAUAUUGCAUGAAGUUCCUGAGGGAGAAAACAUGGUGGAAAAUGCUGGUUCUGUACCACCUGUAGAAGGAACAUUUGCUCUUCAACUUCCUCAGGUACCACUACUGGAUGCCACUCAAACAAUGAAUAACAAUAACAAUAACCUGGAACUUGAUGGGUCAUUGAAGGCAUCUUUUGGGAUGAACGAAAGCAAACGCUCUGAUGAAGAACCUACUAUCAAGAAGGAACAAGAGAAGAAAUCUUGGAGCUCAUUGGACAUUAAUGCAACUUCAAUUGCGUUAACUUUGCCAGCUGUAACUGGAAAGGAGUCUGUGACUAAGCCUGAUGUGUUAGCCCCCAGCAGCACAAAAAGUCCUUGCAAAAGGGGCCAACCAAAGAAGAAUCAGACAGAUCUCACCGUGCAAAAGAGAUAUGAAGGGACUAGGUCUGCCCAGAGAAAACUUAAAGAAAAGGUUUUAUGAGGGGGUGAUUUCUUCUUUUAACCCUAAGACAGAAAAGCACAAGGGGCGUGUAACUGACUGACUUUGCUUUCUGAUUGAGUAAAGAGGAAGAGGAAGGGAGAUAAGGACGCCGUCGUUUUACUUUUUUUAAAAAAUCAUUUUUAA